UUUGGAUUCGUCUCAAAAAGUAUUCGUUCUUAUAUAUACCACCGUUUCUUCUCUCAAAUCCUAACCAUUCUAAAAAAAGAACACACACACACACACACACACCAAAAACGGUAAAGAUGGCUCCAAAACAUCGCGUCGUUCAGCAUUUCACGCACAACCAUCCACUAAUGGAAACGAACAUCGCCCGUGACUUCAUCUGCGACGGCUGCGAAACCUACGGCUCAGACAAAACCUAUCGAUGCGAAACAUGCGACUACGAUCUCCACGAAUACUGCGCCACGUGUCCCUUCACCCUCCAAAACUUCACUCAUCCCCAGCACGAGCUCAGCCUCUUCCGUCAAAAGCAGUCCACGCGCCAGAACGAACGCGUGUGCGACAUCUGCAACGAGUCCGUCGAGGGUUUGUUCUACAGAUGCAAGCUAUGUGAGUUCGACGUACACCCGCUCUGCACGCAGCUGCCUCAGCACGUGAGGCACGUGCUUCACCCUGCUCAUCACUUGGAGUUUCGCCUCGGGGGAGCCAGCACGUGUAUGGUUUGUCACGGCUCGUGCCAAUCUUGGAGGUUUAGGUGUGAGCUCUGUAAGUUCGAUAUUCAUACGGAGUGUAUCUUAGCCGAGUCACCAUCGUCAUUGGCGUCCGGUUCGAGUACAGGAAGAAGAAUCUUUAGGGUUUUGAAGAAUGUAACGGUUGGUGUUGUUUGCAAUAUCAUCGCUUCACCGAUCACUGAAUUCCUUAAAUAGCGGCAGCUUUUGAAAUGGCACGUCUCGAACAUUUACAUCCUGCCAUUUUAUAUGUCUUAUGAUCUAUUCGUGAUGUUUCUUUUCUUUUUCGUUUUGAACAAGAAAUUUACUAAAUGUGAAGAAAAAAAAAAAAUAAAGUACCCUGAAAAGUGAAAAACCA